AUGUCGUCCUUGGACCUCGUGGAUCACUCGCCGCAUCAGGCUGAUCCUUCGCCUCCAGUUGCGACGGCCUCAAGUCUCAUCUUCAUUGACAACUACGACUCCUUCACUUGGAACAUCUAUCAAUACCUCGUGCUGGAGGGUGCUACUGUCCAUGUGUAUCGCAACGACAAGAUCACUCUGGAGGAACUCAUCGCGAAGAACCCAACACAGCUGGUCAUCAGUCCUGGGCCUGGCCACCCAACGACGGACUCCGGGAUCAGCCGCGAUGCAAUCAAGCACUUUGCCGGGAAAAUCCCUAUUCUUGGCGUCUGCAUGGGUCUUCAAUGUAUCAUUGAUGUCUACGGUGGCGAAGUGAGCUCAGCGGGGGAGUGGCUUCACGGCAAAACAUCCCCGUUGACUCAUGAUGGCAAGGGCGUCUUCUCUGGUUUGAAGAAGGACAUCCCUGUGACGCGAUAUCAUUCUUUGGCUGGGACGCCAGUCUCAUUGCCAGAUUGCUUGGAAACGACGGCCUGGGUUUCGAAAGCAGAUGGAUCACCUGGCGUCAUCCAGGGCGUUCGUCACAAGGAGUAUUCUGUGGAGGGUGUUCAAUUCCACCCGGAGAGUAUUCUCACUGCUGAAGGUCGCACCAUGAUCAAGAACUUCUUGCGCUUCCAAGGUGGAACCUGGGCAGACAAUGCCGAGAAGCAAAAGUCCGCCGCAGCGCCAAUAACGGGCGAAAGCAAGAGCAACAACAUUCUACGCCAAAUCUACGCAAACCGAAAGGCUGCCGUGGAGGCGCAGAAGCAGAUCCCAUCACAACGCAUGACUGACCUGCAAGCUGCUUAUGAUCUAAACGCUGCUCCGCCUCUGGUACCUUUCUUGGAAAGGUUGCGCAAUACCCCCUUCGAAGUAGCUCUUAUGGCCGAAAUUAAGCGUGGCUCGCCUUCCAAAGGCAUCUUUGCCAUGGACAUCAAUGCGCCUGUGCAAGCACGAAAGUAUGCGCUUGCUGGAGCUAGUGUCAUCUCCGUGCUAACCGAACCUGAGUGGUUCAGGGGUAGCAUCGAAGAUUUGCGUGCCGUCCGCCAAGUACUCAACGCCAUGCCAAACCGCCCUGCUAUCCUAAGAAAGGAGUUUAUCUUUGAUGAGUACCAGAUCCUCGAGGCUAGAUUGGCUGGCGCCGAUACUGUCCUCCUAAUCGUCAAGAUGCUGGACACGCCCUUGCUGGAGAAACUGUACAAAUACUCUCUAUCACUCGGGAUGGAGCCUCUCGUCGAAGUCCAGAAUGCGGACGAGAUGACGAUUGCCGUCCAACUCGGCGCCAAGGCCAUCGGUGUCAACAACCGCAAUCUUGAGAGCUUCGAGGUGGACUUGAAAACGACUAGCCGUCUGCGUAGCAUGGUACCCGAGAACACCAUUAUCUGCGCUCUCAGCGGCAUUAACACCUAUAAGGACGUCCUCGAGAACAAGCAGGAUGGCGUCAAUGCUGUCCUAGUCGGUGAGGCUAUCAUGCGGGCCCCCGAUGCCACGCAGUUCAUUAGUCAACUCUGCUCGGGCGUGGACGCACCAGCCCAAAAUGACAAGCCUUCAGCACUCUACGUCAAGAUUUGUGGCACACGCAGUGCUGAAGCUGCCUCCGAAGCUGUCAAGUCCGGCGCCGACUUUGUCGGUAUCUGCCUAGUGCCGGGGGUCAAGAGGUGCAUCACGCACGAGACGGCUCUCGAGAUAUCGAAAGCGGUCCACUCAUACGGCGGGCCUCUCUCAUCCAAGGCAGACGUACCCAUCACCAAUGAAAAGGCCACUGACUUUUUCUCCACUGCUGCGACGCGUUUAGCGAGCGAGCGCCCUCGUUUGGCCGGUAUCUUCCAGAACCAGCCGCUCCACGAAGUCCUGGAGAAGCAAAGGCUUUACAAUCUGGAUGUGGUGCAGCUACAUGGCGAUGAGCCCCUUGAAUGGGCCAACAUGAUUCCCGUGCCCGUGAUCCGGUGCUUCAAACCCGGCCACGUUGGUAUCGGCUCGCGAGGAUAUCACAUUGUGCCUCUCUUGGAUUCGGGCGCCGGCUCCGGCAAGCUGCUGGAUGUUUCCAAGGUGGAAGAGAUACUCCGCAAGGAUCCUGAGCUCAGAAUCUUCCUGGCCGGUGGUCUCAACCCUGAGAACGUUGCAGAGGCAGUCAAGGCGCUAGGUGAACUUGGUAAGCGUGUCAUCGGUGUGGACACCAGCAGCGGCGUUGAGGAAGACGGGAAACAAAGCUUGAAGAGGAUCGCGGCAUUUGUCGACGCAGCCAAACAGAUUCGAGGGUCGCUCAAGCUUUGUUGGUCCAUCGCUAUGUCUUCCAACGGUCUGCUCAUGUCCUGGAUCCUGGUCAAGAAAGCCCUCGAGCGAGGCAAGAACGAGAUCAAGGUCUUCGUACUUCACUGCGACUGGUUCGAGUUCUCUGCGUCGCAGAACAAGAAGCUGCCUGUUGGGGAGUACCAACUGAAGGACCGUUGGGCGUACGCCACCGCUAAGCAAAGAGAGCAGAGGAGGAUAGCACAAGGCAAUCGCAAUGCUGAGAGACCGAACUACAUCAACACUAAUCUUUUCCACGUCUACCGGGACCGAGUCGGUUUUUACUAUCAGUUUCCAAUCCAUCGCAAAGAUACUGACACCGAAGACGAAGAACGCUAUGAGAUUACGCUCAAGUACAUGACGGAAUUCUUUCAGAAGAAGACCGGUAUCGAGUGGGAGGACCGUGUCCUCUGUUACAAUGACGAAAGACGCCCCGGGAAAUUUAUCUACACGCCGCCGAUGGGAGGGAAGCCAGUCGGCACGAGGAUCAGCGGCGACGAUGCUGAAGAAUGUUGGAGGAUAAAUGCCCAGCGCCGUGGUCUCCCGUGGCCAACUCCCGUACCGGAUACCGAGGGUCCCGCGACAGCAGAUGAAGCGACCGUUGCCGGAGACGCCGUUGAGAUCUUGCAACAGCACCAGAAUAACCUUGACGAUGCCGACGACGACAGUGACCGUAAGGGUGAAGCGAUGCAGAGCAUUCACUCUUCACGCUAUGCCGAGAAGAACGGAAAUGACGACACAAAAAUGACUGGGAUCGACUCCGAGACAGAUGAUCGGAACGUGAUGGGAGAGAAGCUGACGAAGAAUACGGAUGCCUAUUUGCUGUCUUUCAGCCAGAGCUCAGUGGGAGAUUCGAGCAUCGGCGACGCUGGAGGGCUGGCCCCUAUGACGGUCGAUUGCAGCGCUGACGAGCUCCUGGGCCAGAUGGAGCUCGAUACGACCAUGGGAGAGGUCGCCGUCGACAAGAUAAGCUUCAUCCGAGAUGACAAGACCCUGCUGGCGCGUAUCGACUUGGCAGUGGCCCAAGCCAAGAACACGACCCACGACGCAGAACUGGCCCUGAUUGAGGCCGAGCGCGUACUGUUCGGUUUCGCACACGCGCCGUGA